UAAGAUGGUGAUUACAGUAAACAUUACAACCGCUUGGUAUCAGCAUUUUAGCAUUGUCAUUGUGAGCCUGUUAGCAUGCUGAUGUUAGCAUUUAGCUCAAAGUACUGAUGUGUAGCCUACUGAUGAGCUGCUAGCAUAGCUAUAGACCCUUAAUCUUGUUUAACUGCCCUUUAUCUAUGAAAUCACACAGAUGUACAUUCAGAUUACUUACAUUCAGCUUCGUAACAACAAAAGAGUCCCACGUCUUUCCAGUAACAUGUAUACUUGCCAUAAAAAGGCACAACAGUCCCGCCCCCCUCAGUCCCCUCUCCAUGGGAUCCAAGCCAGCAACUACACCAGAAUGACAUUUGAAGCCGGUGUGAUCAGCCAGUGUGUGGAAGCAGCAGCUGCUGAACAAGAAUACUUCAGGCUGUGCUUCAUUCAAAGGACUCCUGUCGUGAAAUUCUGAUUAAAACAACUGGGAAUGGAGGAAACCGCUUCAUUUAUAUCUUAAGGAACAAUGUUGCAGCCAUAUGGACCUUUGACUUCACUUUGAAGGAUGACAUAUUAAUCUCCCUGUGGAUUAUCCAAAACUGGAAACAAAACUUCUGGGAGUAUAUCAGGCGGAAAUGCAGGGAAAGGAGAAGGAGAGGGAGUUGAUUUCACUACCUUGCUAAUUACACGGUGCAUGCUGUGUUUCGGGCAAUCUGUCUUUUUCCGCUUCAACCAUCCAGAGGAGGCCCUGCGGAUGAAGAGCAUGCUGCCUGGAGGGAGCCAAGGACUGAUCAGCACAAGAACUCACCCAACAGACUCUCACAGCGCCCUGAACGGGAACCAUCAGUCUUUUCCGAGCAACGGCGACUCCAAAAUCAACAACAAAGCAAAGAACCUCCAGGACUCUUUGGUGCUGAAGGGUGGAUCUGGUAAACAGCCCUCUCCUACAAACAUGCUCAAUGGGAGAAACGGAGAGGACUCCAUUUAUGAAAACAGCAGCAUCUUUCUUGACGAGAACCUCGACAGCAAAACUCCUCCAGUACCUGCACGGUCCACUCACACAAACUACCCUCCUGUUCCCCAUCCACGGACCUCACUCUCUGUGGCCUCAAGCGGUACUAGUCAGAGGGCCCAGGAGAGCCCAAAGCUUCGUAGGAACAUAAGACCAGAGGCCACGUCAAGCCCCACACCACUGAGCAGGGGGUCAGGACAGGGAAAAGAAAACUCUAGCCCCAAACCAUCCCCCGUUAAAUUUUCCCCAACAGCUCCAUCCAGCCCACGAGUGAGGGGCUCCUCCCUACAGAAGAGAUCCCCCAGUCCUAUGCGAGAUCAGCCUCUCUCUCAUGUAGAAGUCCCUCAAAGGCUCAGGACUCCAGAGCCAAUUGGGUCCACCAGCCUGAGAGACCUCCCUCCUCUCAGCCUGAGAGACCUCCCUCCUCUCAGCCCUUACAUGUCCCGCAGAGGGACUCCAGGAUCGCAGGGCUCAGCUUCCUCCCUCGCCUCACAGGGCUUCAACUUCCCAGAAGGACCCCAGUCCCACCUUAAACUCACAACUACUUCAAAAGCAGAAGCCAUGAGGGCAAUGUAUGCCCAGGGUCCAUCGCCAAUCUCAGGGCAGGAGAAGGAUCCUGGAGGCAGGCAGAUAAGGGCCUUCCAGGGAAGUGCCAAUAUGUCAGGCCUGGGUUCUCUGUCGAGUUUGUCUCCUCUUGCUAGCCCUCGUAGCCAAAGAAAGACUUCCUGCACGACCAUGAAGGAGCAGAGUCAUAUGAAACCAUAUACUCGCGAACGCAAAAACAGCAUCUCUGAGAUCAGUGACAAUGAGGACGAGUUACUGGAAUACCAUCGCUGGCAGAGAGAGGAGAGGCUGCGCGAGCAAGAAAUGGAGAAACUGGAGCGACAGAGGCUGGAGACCAUCCUUAAUCUGUGUGCAGACUAUAAUUACGAGGACAGUGCUGCGGAGCUGGCUGAGGUGGUGAGGAGGGGGCUGCUGGGGGGCGUGAGAGGAAGCUGCUCGGACACAGCAGGGGGGAUGUCCCUUCAGGGAGUAGACAGACCCCAGAGGGUGAGAGAGACUGAUGAAGAAACCCAGAGAGAGGAGUCUAGCAGCACAGAGAGCACACAUCAAGAGUGUGAAGAGCUGUUAGCUGGUCAGGAGCAGGUCUACCUGGAGGAGGAGAGGAGCAGGAUCUUGGCCAGGGUUGAUGACUUGAAGCACAGAGUCAGUGAACUGGAGCUGCAGCUACAAGAGACCAAACAGGAGGUGGAGAUGGAGCAAGCCCUGCUGCAGGCGGAGAGGCGGGCAGAGCAUGAGCAGGUGGAGGCUGAAAAUGAAAUCAUCUCCCAGCUGCAGCUCAAACUCAGCCAGCUGGACAAGGCCACCCAGAAAGAGAAAGACAAGGGGAGGGCUAAUGUGUCGGCUGAGCGGAAGGCCCUGGAAAAGCAGAGGAAUGAGUACAAUGAGCUGAAGAGGCAGUUUGAUAAGUGCCUGUUGUCUCAAAGGGAACAGUUACAGGAGCAGCUCAGCAGGAAAGCUGAAGCUCUGGAGUCUGGGACCAAGCAGUUUGAGGAGCUGGAGUUCUGCCAGCUGGAGGAGGAGAGCAGUCUGGAGGAGAAGAAGGACACUCGGAGCUCGCAGCUUUUCCAAGAGCGAGCCGAGUAUCACUGCAGCGUGGCCAAGAGGAAGGAGAAGAUGACCACUAUGGAAACUCAGGUGAAGCAGCUGGGGGUACAGGCGGCUCAAGAAUGUGAGAGGAUGGCUAAAGACAGGAUAGUGACUCUGCAGCUGCUACACAAGGAGCAAGACAGGCUGUGUGUCCUGGAGAAGAAGUACUACACCUUGACAGGAGGGAGAAACUUCCCGAAGCCCAACAGCAGCAUGGCAGAGGGAUUUCUUCACAUCAGCGAACCCGACCUUGUUAAUGUGGACGGUCCUCCUCAUAGCCCCUGUCCCUCCACUGCCUCCUUCUCCUCCUCUCACAUCCCCUCCCCUGAAUUCUACCCUGUUAGGCUGCAAGAGGAGUACAUCACAGUCAGUCAGUUAAGCCAGAUCUUUGGGAUGCAGAGACUUGAUCCCUCCUCUUCUUCCUCUAUUCCAUCAUUCCAACUUGCCUCCUCUGAAUCUACCUUCUCGUGCCACUCAACUGCAUGUGGUCCUUCCUCCUUUCUCUCUGCGCAGAGCCAGCCUGAGCUGAGCAGGAAUGCAAUGCCUCCUAUUAACCUCGAGCGCUGGUACCAGGACAUCAUGGCUGCUGGAGAGCCUCGUUCAUGUCCUCCACCACUGCCUGCAAAGUCUUUUUCCGCACGCAGACACAGUCAGUUACUGAAGUCCAAAUCAGAUGGUGAGGUUGGACAGGCAGCAUCAUACACACUGCCACACUGCAGUGGUGUUGCUCAUGAGAAACAUGCAUCAGCCAAGGGGUUACAGUUAAUGCUGAGAGAGAUGUCGAACCCACUAGACAUGGACUCCAGGAGGCAGUUGGCUCUGCAGAGCAAAGAUCUGUCUCCCACAGUCCAUCACUCCAUCCUCCAUCACCAGUCGCCACCGAGUGGCAGCCAAGCGUACGACACCCUGAGCCUGGAGAGCUCAGACAGCACGGAGACCAGCGUCUCCACCGGCAACUCCGCCUGUACCCCAGAAAGUGCCUGCGGGUUGGAGGCCCAGAGGAUAGAAGAGAUGGAGAAGAUGUUGAAGGAGGCGCAGCAGGAGAAAGCCAGACUGAUGGAGAACCGAGAGAGGGAGGUGCAGGCUCGGCGGCAGAUGUUGGAGGAGGAGCGGAGGAGGCGAGAGGAGGCCGAGAGGAGGCUUCAGGACGAGACGACCCACAGGCUGAGGCUGGUGGAGGAGGAGGUGAAGAUGAGAGAGAAACACUUCUCGCAGGCCCGACCAAUGACGCGCUAUCUGCCGAACCGUAAGGAGGAGUUUGACCUGCGAGCCCACGUGGAGUCGUCCGGCCACAGCAUAGACACUUGCCCCUUCGUCAUCCUCACAGAGAAGAUGUGCAAGGGCCACCUGGUGAAGAUGGGCGGCAAAAUCAAAUCGUGGAAGAAACGCUGGUUCGUUUUUGACCGUAUCAAGAGGAACUUCUGUUAUUACGGGGACAAGCAUGAGACCAAGCUGAAAGGGCUCAUUUACUUUCAGGCGAUUGAAGAGGUUUAUUACGAUCACCUGCGCAGUGCCACCAAGAGCCCCAACCCGUCUUUGACCUUCUGUGUGAAAACCCAUGACCGCCUCUACUACAUGGUGGCCCCGUCCCCGGAGGCCAUGAGGAUCUGGAUGGAUGUCAUAGUAACGGGCGCUGAGGGAUACACGCAGUUCAUGAGCUGAGGGACCACUGGGUGACAGAUUUGGAGGAUGACGGGGGACUGAGCGAGCAACACAGACACCUGUAAGCCAACCUGAGCUGCUGCCUGCCGGAGCCUAAGUGCGAGACAUUUGGCCUGAUGCCGUGUAACGGAUGGACAUUUGAAUAGAUGGGGCUCUCAUAAAAAGCCUGAUGCCUUUGAACAAAUGAGGGCUUAAUGAUGACAGAGGUGCGUUUGAUAUCAUGUAUGAGUUGUAUAUAUAUAUCUUUCAGCCGCUAUGAGAUGGAAUAUAAUUUGAGCAACCUGCCAAUGGAUCUAUGAAGGGAACUCUCAAUUAGAUCACAUUCUGCUACCAAAAUGCAAUGUUAAUAAUUACAGUAUCAUUUCUGAGGUUUCUUACUACAUAUAAGCUCAACGUUUUUCACCUCCGAUCUAUGCAUGCAGUGUUAUCACUCUAACCGAUGCCUUCCCCCCCCCCCCCCCCUUUUUGAUACAUUUGUACUUUUUCUCUUGAGUUUGUUAACUUUACUCAGGUGAAAACAAAAUAUCUUGAUACUUCAGAACUCUAAAAGUUCAACAAAUGUUAUAAGCAAAUAUUUUUAAAAAGUCAUAUGUUACUUAUUUGAUUAAACAUUACUUGGUGCCAAAUACUUGAUGUAAUGUUUUGUCAAAUACAAUAUAAAUGUUAAUAUCACUAUAUAUUGUUUUAUUCAGGCAUAUAACACAGCAUUAAUCUGUCUGUAUUUUACACAUAAAUAUAUAUAUACAUACAUACAUACAUACAUACAUAUACAUAUAUAUACAUACAUACAUACAUAUAUAUAUAUAUAUA